AUGGUUUUCGACACUGGGAGGUUCUUCCUUCGUUCCCUCAUCUGGCGUUCCAUUCUCAUAAGUCUCUCUUCAGCACGCUCUACUAAGGAAUUUGUUUUUCCUUCGAAGGUAGAAAAAGAUUUUGGAAUAUUCCAACAAUGGAUGAAGGAGUUUGGAAGAAUCUACCCUAACUCUGAAGAGAGCAAAACUAGAUACCAGAUAUUCCAAAGGAAUCUCAGUUAUAUCACAGGGAUGAAUGCUAAGAGAUCAAAGUCGUCAUCUGGUUAUUACUCGGGCCUCAACAUGUUUGCUGAUAUGAGUCCCGAGGAGUUCAAGAGUGUGUACCUGCCUGAGCUCAACAUUCCGACCACCAUUACCCCUGCUGCCACCGCCAACACCACCACAACAACGAGGACGGAUUAUGCACACCAGAAGGACUCGUGUGGGGCACCUGCUUCCAUGGAUUGGAGAAAGAGUAAUGUUGUCACCGGAGUUAAAUAA